AAAUGAGGAAAAGAGAUACAUGGUUAUUAUUAUUAAGUCUUGUUGUAAUAUUUAUAUCACUAUAUAGACAAAAAGAUUAUAAAAUAAGUUUAUUACUAGAGAUACCGAUUGACACAAAUAAUUAUGAUAAUUCACAUUAUCCCAAGAUCAACGAAUAUCUUCCAUUACCUAUUAUAACAGAUAUUGAUGGUGAUGGUAAAAAUGAAAUUAUAUAUGUUACAAAUGAUUAUAGAUUAAUAGUUUUAGAAACAGUUACAUACGAAAAUAUAGAAUUAUUUAGAUUAAAUGAAAAUGAGCUAUCAGAAAAAAACCUACUUCAAUUGCCAAUUAAAUAUCAAGUAUCAUUAAAAUCAGAAGUUGGUUUAGCAACUGGUAGAAGACCAACAUCAAUCAAAACUGGAUUUACAUCACCAUAUGUACCAGGUGUACCAAGACAGCAGAUUAUUGUAGUUGUAACUGAUGGUUGGUCAAUAUUGUGUUUUAAUCAUCAAUUAAAAAAGUUAUGGGAGAGUUAUGCAUCUGACGAGGUAUUACCAAAUCAUUAUCAAUCUGAAAUUUCAAUUUCAAUUGUACCAAAUUCAGAUAAAGGUAUGGUAAUUAUAGGUGGUAGAAUGGAGCCAAUGGAAGGAUAUGUCCAUAAAUCACAUUAUAAAAUUCCAAUGUAUGAGGGCAAAAUAGAGACUAAUGAGGAACAUAGCCACGAAAGAGAUGAUGACCAUGAAAAAGAAACACACCGUGAUGAAAGUCAUUUUUCAUAUUUUGCAUAUGAUGGUGAAAAGGGUUAUAAAAUUUGGAGUCAUGAAGAAAAUGAUUUUAUGCCAGUUAAUAAACAUACUGAUGAAGAGCAUAGAAAAGAAUCUGAUGUUUCAUUACACAGCUUUAAACAACAUAUUUAUAGUCAAUUGGAUCAUUUAGGUGAGGUUGAUUGGAGAACUUAUAGAGAUUCAGUUUUAGCAGCAUUACCACAUAAAUGGUCAACAGGUUAUGAUACAAAACUUGACGCAAGACACUUUAGCAAAAAAAUCAAUACAGUUAGAGGAAAUGUAGAAACCUCUACCACAACAGGUUUAAAUAAUCAAGAGUGGGAUAGUGAAUUGAUAGGAGUAAACCCAUCAAAUUUAGAAUCAUUUUCAAUUUUAAAAAGUCAAGAUAAAGCAAACUUUCAAUCAAAUAUUAAAGAUCCUAAUGUUAUUGUAGCACACAAUAAGAAUGGUCUUGAAGUGGUUCAAAUUUCAAGUGGCAAUACAUUAUGUAGAUUGGUUUUAGAUAGUUCAGACUUUCACAGUAAUGGAAAUUAUUUUAUUUCAUAUAUUGAUUUAAAUGGUGAUGGAGUAUUGGACCAAAUUACAACAUAUGCAGGUAGUUUUAAGGGAUUAGGUGAAGAUGGUGGUAAAGAAACAGUAUGUAAAGCAUUGGGUAUGUCAGGUAUACCAGCACGUGAAAAAAUAUUUGAUUUAAAGAUUUGUAAUGAAGGAAUGUUUGAUUUCGAAUAUUUUAUGUGGAAGGGCACAGAUAAAAAUAAUUUAAAUAAUAAAAAGAAGACCAAGUCAACCAAAAACGAAAGACUUAUUCAAACAAUACCACCAGCAUUCUUUAGAUCAUCAGAAAACGACCAAAUCCAAAUGGUAUUUUUAGUAAACACUGGUUUAAUUUCAAGUUUCAAUUCAAAGGGUUCUAAAAUGUGGAAGAUAGAAACCAAUAUUCACUGGACAAGACAUAUCGAGCCAAUUACCCAACCAUCAUUACAAGUAUUUUCAUUCGAAAGCGAUACCAAUAGACUUGUACCAUUUAUUCUAGCCGUGGGCGAACGUAUGAUGGCCAUUGUAAGUGAAAAGGGUGAUAUGGUUUUAGAGCAACCAUUAGAUAGCUCCGAAACCAAUCCAGUUAUGGCUCCUCCUAUUGUUGGUGACUUUAACAACGACGGAAUUAACGAUUUCUUAAUCACAACCCUAAAGGGCUAUUCCAUUUAUAUUACAGAGAAAGGGACAUCAUCAUCAUUAUUACCAAUAAUUGGUAUGUUAUUAAUUGGUGUAUUAUUAGUUUUCUUAUUAUCAUCUUCAAAUGACAAGGAAACAUUUGUAACUAAAAAGUUAUUUUCAAAAAAUAGUUUUAAUAAAAAAUUUAAAGAUUAAAAAAAUAAAAUAAUUUUUUUAUAUAUAAAAAAAUAAAUAAA